UCCUUUCCACACACACUUACAGUACACACUCUUUAUGCACACACUUCGUGAGCGAGACUCUCAGGGAGCAGAGCAGAGUAGCGGGGGCAGAUGUUCUCAGAAAAGGAAGAGCAGCACUGAGGUGUCACUACAGCCAUAGAAGAUGGUGCUGAAGCCAAAGUGAAGCCAUGGACUUCCAAGAAUCAGCCACACAGACAGAAAGCUGUUUAACAGCCAUCACAGACAUUUCAACAGCCAAGCAUAGUGCUGAUCUGCAAUUCUCAGUAGCAGCAUUUGUCAAGAGGCAAACUUGCAAUACUUUUUUGAUAAAUAUUGUCAUGAGUGUGAAUGGAAACGCUGGUGUGGUCAAGUCACAGAGGAAUUGAAAGCUGUGGUUCAGGCCCAGCAAGAACAGCAAACAGUUAAGUGAAUUAGCAGCUAAGACAGAGGAAAUAUCGAGAGAGAGAGAGAGAGAGAGAGAGAGAGAGAGAGAGAGACAGAGAGAGAGAGAGAGAGGAUCACAUGUGGCCAAGAAGUCUCAUUUGACCAUGGAGACAUUGAGAUUAGAUUGUAUGCACCUUCAAAAAUGGAAGCACCUAAAAACUCUGAAUGAGUAUUCAAAGUAUAUGUGAGCCUAAGGCUUAUGACGUGAAUGUCCGAGACCUCUCAUCUAGUUUAAAACUGAAAAGAACAAAUGGUUCACAUAAAGCUCCAGCGAUGACGUCACCAGAUUGUCUCCAGUGAAGUGCCAGCGAUAAUGUUGUCAAAAGUGAUGCUGGGUGUCAUCCUGUCCCUCCUCAUCCUGCUGACCAUCGGUGGUAACGUGCUGGUGUGCCUGGCUGUCUGCGCCUCUCGUCGCCUCCGCUGCCUCACCAACUGCUUCAUCGUGUCACUGGCAGUGACUGACUUGCUGCUCGGCCUCUUGGUCCUCCCUUUCUCCGCCCUCCUCCAGUUCAACAGCGAUUGGCCGCUCGGCCCGGCCUUCUGCAACUUUUACAUCUCCAUGGACGUCAUGCUGUGCACCGCCUCCAUCCUCACCCUCCUGGCCAUCAGCGUGGACCGCUACCUGGCAGUGACCAUGCCUCUGAGAUACGCCUCACUGGUGUUGCCAUGGAGAGUUGCCGUGUCCAUGGCCAGUGUUUGGACGGUGUCUGUGGCCGUGUCUUUCUUGCCCAUUCAUAUGGGGUGGAACACUGUUAACGGCACGGUGCAGAACUACGGGCCUUGGGCUCCAGAGGGGAAGUGUCGUUUUGAGCUGAACAGACCCUACGUACUGACAGACUCUCUUCUCACUUUCUACCUGCCUCUGCUGGCCAUGUGCUGGACCUACCUCCAAAUACUUCGCAUUGCACGGGCGCAGGCCAAACGCAUUAUCAGUGCCCGACCCACCUGCAUCACAACCUACAACUGCAGGAACAAUCCUUCCACCAGUACCACGGUGAUUUCCAGUGUAACAGCAGUGGCUCUGCGGGAGCACAAAGCCACAAUGACGCUGGCAGCAGUGAUCGGGGCUUUUGUGGUGUGCUGGCUGCCGUAUUUCAUCCUGUUCACAGUGUUGGGCCUAAAGGAGCAUCCAGACCCCAGCACAGUACCAGAAUUUCCCAUUGUGUUGUGGCUGGGUUACGCCAACUCAGCCCUCAACCCGAUCCUCUAUGGAGCCCUCAACAGGGACUUCAGGUCGGCCUACAGCCAUCUACUGAGAUGUCGAUGCCCUACUUACAGUGGGUGGAGGAGCCGGCAGCCGUCUCCCUCUGCAACAACAGCCAGAGACCAUCUUACAGAGGUGACGCUGCUGUGUGGCCACACCCCUGCCACCUGCAGGGCAGGUCUAACAGAGCAAAACUUAAUGCUUCAAGAAAUGAACAGCGGGACCGCCCCAGCAACUAUCCAAUUUGCAAAUGGCACUGCCGCCACAGAUGUCAAUGGCAAUGAAAGGUCGUGCUGAGCCUGUGCUGGUGAGGUGGGUGCUGCGUUCACUAUAAUACUGCGGUUGCGACCAAGAACCAGAAUCCAUCAGCCCAAGAAGAAAGAGCAACAGACAGACGAUGGAAGACGGACAGAGAUUUAAAGCCCCCUCUAUUUGGAAGCCUUCAGUGCCGCAGUAGAAGCACCCAUAAUACACCACCAACCACUCUAUCCAUAAUUCAACAAACAAAAAUGGGAGAAAAUGGGACCUCAGCAACUCUACACCUCAUCAGCAAGAACCAACACACAGCCGGCCUCUAACCGCCCAGGACCGAACAAAUGGAUGACGUGUCUACGUGGAUGGAGCUUCCACUGCAUCCAACUAUCACACAGGGCGACAUGUGGCCCUGAUAUGCUCUCAAACUAACGGUGGAUAGUAUCAAAGCUCUGGAGGACUGAAUGAGACCAACCGAUUAACUUGGUGGUCAUCAAUUUCAUGAACUACAUUAUUUAUGCUGACUCAAGAGUGCACUCCAGUGGAAACACACAGUAUCACAACUUCAACCUGGACAAAGUAAAUGGAAAUGGAUGUUUCUCAAAAUUAGAGAAUAGAAGGGAAAAACUGAUAAAUGGACUUUUAUUAAACUUUAUGUGGACUGUG